CUCUCUCUCUCUCUCUCUCUGUGUUGUGGUUUCAAAAUGCCGUUAUCCAGUUCGUCAACGGUUUCUGGGGUUCCCAUUGCAGUCCCCUAUCUUCCACAGACAAAGGGUCUUGACAUUAGAGACUUUCAGAUAAAACAGGAUGUGGGUUUUGGUGGAGAAAGAAUUGCCACAUAUAAGAAGUGUAGAAACCUUGAUUUCGUGACCAAUUCUGUUUCUGGGGAUAGUGGUUCUUCAGUUGGAUUUGAUGUGCCAUUUCCUAUUGAUUAUUCUGAACUUCUUGAACAAGCUAAAGAAGCAACUGAGUUGGCUUUGAAGGAUGAAAAGCAGUUAAUGGAAAUUGAAUUUCCAACUGCUGGACUGGAAUCUGUGACAGGUGACGGUGAAGGCGGUAUAGAAAUGACUGGAAGUAUGCAGUUGAUUCGUGAGUUUUGCAACCUCUUCAUAAUUCCGGAAAAAGUUACACGGACCAGAAUAGUAUGUGUCAAACUUUGGAACAUAUUUUGCAGUUUGCAUAACUAUAAUUAUCUUUAUAAUUAUAAUCAACAAUCAAAGCUUAGGGUGACUCAGCAGACUUCCCUUAAUGGCUUUGGUUCAUUUUAGUUUUGAUAAUACGUUGAUAUGUGUUAAUAGGCUUGAUUUAUACAUGUCAGAUUAGUUCAUACUGUUUGCUUCAGAUAGGAGAUAUGUAGGGAUAUUUUCAGACUUCACCAAACUAAAUCAUGUAAAUUGGACAUGAAGUAAACAUUAUAAGUUGGCAUUAUGAUUUCCUAUUUCUUUAUGCUGCUACAAGCUUCCAGGUAACUAGGGCAGGCCAAGCAAAGGUGUGAUUAUAGUGUUAGCUGGGCCUUGGAACCUCUCAAAUAUUACUAAGUCAACACUUUUCUAAUACUUAUACUUUGCAAGAAAUAAGCCCAUACAUGAGUCUUAAAAAUCACCAAGAAAUUCACGAUCACCAAAGAUUUGCAAAGGUAUCUGGCACUUGUUGUGAUGAAAUGUUAUCUAUUGUGUACAAAUUAUUUUACGUAGUACUAGUAAACUAUGUGGGAGAAAGAUAUGACUCAAUACAUUUGAAGCGCCAUGUAUAUAUAUUUUGGUUUAAAAUCAUAUUAUUAAAAAUUUGUUCUACAGAUUUUAAAAGUGAUUUCAUAUAUGGAUGUGUAUAAGUUGGGUUGUAUUAGGGUUCAUUACAUGCCUUUGUGUUAUUAAUUUUCAAUUUAUCGACCUUUGUUUGUCACAACUUCCGCAUGAUGUCCACAAAAAAGUGAUCUAUUGUAAUAAUUAUUUUAUUGAUCGUUCAUAAUUAUGAUGUGUGUAAUUAGUUGAUGGAUUUAAAUAUAUUUACAGUAUAGAUUUUGGAUUUGCAAAUACUUGCCAAAUCAAUUUUUAAAAAAAAUGAGAAAAACCGAAGCGUUUCAAAUGGAAUUUCUUUUUCACAUAGGUUAUAAUCAGGUCUUGUGAUUUUUAUAAAUUUAUCUGAAAUUUAAAGUUCAGGAUGGUGUGAGGUUAGGAUUUUGAGAACUUUACUUGAGAGGAUGUGAUGUUAUGGGGAGUGUUUUCCCCGGUUGUAGUACGUAAGGCAGAGCUUGUAUCUAGAAUCCCAUAUUCUUGCAAGUAAUGUACUUUUCAUGUGCCAUUUUACUUAUUUCAUCGAUUCUGAGGCAUGAAGUAAUGUCCAAACUCUCUGCAUUAUAUGCAUCAAAUUCACAUCUAUAUAAUCAAUAUGUUCCAUAAUAUCAUGUCAUUUAUUACCCAUUUUUGGUAUUUUUAAGAAUGACAUCAAUAUUGCUCAACGCUCCAUAUUUUCAGAAUUGCUAUCAGCCAGUAUUGAUCUGCCCGUGACUGAAUAGAAUAAUGCAUAAAGCAUGCAGACAGGAAUAAUUCCUCUAAAUAUAUAAUUAUGAUUGUUUUCCAUCUGGAAUUGGAAAGGGUUUUUGUUAGAUGUGAUGCUUUUAGUUCUCCUUGAACCUGUAUAAAGGGGUGGCACUUUCCUGAACUAGAUACAAAUUUUCUUAUUUUUUGGUUAUCAGUAUCCAUUAUACUCUGGGCAUUUCCAUUAGAAUAUUUUGAUUCUACAAUGUCAAUUUAUGUCUAUAAAACUUUGCUCCGAAAUUUUCAGUUUUUUCCGGAGGCUAAUGAAGUUACAUUUGCAAGAAAAUCAGUUUUCGGAGGAGCUUCCUUAAAGUUGGACUAUCUGACAAAGCCAUCAUUAUUUGAGGAUUUUGGUUUCGUCUCGAAAGUUAAAAUGGCUGACCGGGUGAAGCCAGAAGAUGAACUGUUCCUAGUUGCCUAUCCAUAUUUUAAUGUCAAUGAAAUGCUUGUGGUGGAAGAACUUUACAAAGAAGCUGUGGUGAACACUACCAGAAAAAUGAUUAUAUUCAAUGGAGAACUUGACCGUAUUAGAUCUGGUUAUUAUCCACCAUUCUUCUAUCCAAAGCUAGCUGCACUUUCCAGUUCUCUCUUUCCCAAGAUGGAGACUCUGUAUUACAUCCACAAUUUUAAGGGACGCAAUGGGGGAACUCUUUUCAGGUUUGUAUUUUCUAUACUCACUAAACUCUUCCUGUGGAAUCCAAAAUGCUGGGAAACUUUUUAAUUCUUCUAGAAACUUUACGAUGCUCAUUGUCAAGAAUGUGUUUUCUCAAUUGGGAGUAGAUGCCAUUUACUUGCUGGAGUUGUCUAACGUUUCCAGAAAAGUUUCUAAAGAUGUUUCAUUUAACCAUAACAAAUCGCUUUGCCUAAAUAUGUAUAUUUCAACCAUAAGUCCAUAACAAAUCCUUUUCUUCUCCCUCUCUCUCUCUCUAGGUGCUAUCCUGGCCCUUGGAAGGUGCUUAGGAAAGUGAGAAAUAAAUAUGUUUGCCUCCACCAGCAGGAAGUGAUGCCAUCGCUCAAAGAAGUUGCCUUGGAUAUUCUUCCAUCGGCUUGAAAUUUCUGUAGGUGAAUUAUCUGGUGAGAUUUUUUUCGCUUUUUUAUGUGAAUAGAAAAAUAAUUCUCCGACCUGUAUGUUUGGCCUUUCAAUAUUGUGGAUCUGAUAAUUUAUGGAACAUUAGGUUGUUAAUGACUACAUUUUCUAGGGAAACACUCCCCCUUUAUUAGUUGCUUCAGGUAUGUCUCUUCUCUGCGGGUCUACUUCAGGGAGAGUGACUGAUUAGGAGUGGCAUUGGUAGCAUUCAAAGAUGAAGCAAUGCUAGUUUAGCAAACUCAAAAAGUCCAUUUUAGCUGAGCUGUUUCCUGAUGACACACAGACCAAGCUGGGAUUGCUAGGCUUAUAAGACAGACAAACUUUCAAGUUGCCAUUCGAUCGAGUAAUUACUCAACCUUGUGCAUGUUCAGUGAAGCUAUGAUUUAAUCCCUUUUAUUAUUUUUUUAGUGGUGUUCGAUAAAUGUAUUCAGAGUACAAUUUCAUGUCUCUAUUUUUGAAGUUGGCGACACGGGUUGAAGGCCAUUUUUGACUUAGGUUGUGUAUUAAUUUGAAUGUAAAGGCAUCUCAAUAUUUAUGUGUGUAAAUAAGAUUAUUUCUUUGCGAUCA